AAAGGAAGGGGAAGUUAUUAUAAAGACUGUGGUGGACUGACAUGAUCAUUCACACUUGAUGUUUUGUUCUUUGUUUGCAGUUUUCGUUAUGAUAAAAAUCUACAUUUACUCUUGUCUUCUUUCAGCUCUGACUCUUGUGGAGAUGCAGACUCUCAACAUAAUUGGUCAUGUUGGAAAACGUGUGUCAUUCGUUUGCUCAGACUGGAACGCUUGGACCAAUGUAAAAUCUAAUGUUAAGUAUCUUUGUAUAAGUCCAUGUAAAGCAGACAAACACAUCAUCAUCAAAGCAGAAUCUGGAAGGACUAAACGCAAAGACAGAAUAGAGUUAAUUAACAGAGGACAAGAUUUGUUUGUUAGCAUAACUCAUCUCCAAAUGUCAGACUCCAAAAAAUAUUUCUGUGGAGUGGAGAGAACUGGCCCUGAUUUACUUAGAGAGGUGAAUCUUAAAGUUACAGAUGGUCCCAGAACAACUGUUAAAACAGUCACUGUUGACUCUACUGUGUCAUUUACUGAUAUGAGCAGCUCGACUAUGUCUUCAGGCAGCUCAGAUAUUCUUACUGACACGUUUGUGUCAUACACCACCCUUAGUAGAACAACACUAGCUACAACAACAGCACCUGGAAGUGUACCAUAUUUGAUAAUAGGUUUCAUUGUCAUGAUAAUCAUACUGAUGGCCCUACUGAAGAUUAUGAUGAAGAUGAAGAAACAAGAAAUGUCAGGUGCUGACUGGCCACAGGAAGAAACAGGGGGGGAUGUGGAGUAUGAUGAAAUCAGAACUGAAGACUUCCAAACUGAGAGCCCACUUGUAGCUGUCACUACUGUCCACUUCUCUCCCGAUACUGAUCCUGACAGUCUCUAUGCUAAUUGUUCCUACCACCAAGACACUGAAUUAGCAGCUGAGUGGGGCAAGUAUUCAAAAGAUAUUUCUUUAAACUCAUCUUACAGUUCUGAGGUCAAUCCCAGAGGGGCAUGUGGAGAGAGCAGUUUCACAGAUCCUCAGAGUGACUUGGUGUACUCUGUUGCUCAGCUACCCAAACAGCCAACUGAACCCACUGCAAACUCUGAACUAAAUCAAUAUGAAAGCAUUGAAAAUGACUCUGUCUAUUUCCUAGCUCAGAAAUCACAGGUAACCUGAAAGUGGCUACUGUGAUCAAAAGAGAUUUUUAAAAAAGGGAACUUUUUCUAUCAACUAUGAUUUGUUCAAAUGUAAAUAUAAUGAUAUAAUGUAUAUAAAAUUAAAUAAUAAUCACAUAUGAAUUCCAAACAUCACAAAUAAAUACCUAAUAAAAAAAACCCAACAUUUACCAUAACUCAAACCCAAUUAUAACCUUUAACUUUAAAUAAAGUCUUAUCCUUCAAACAGUCCUUUGAAGUAGUGAGGACUGCCCAAAAUGUCUUCACUAUGCAGACAUUUUCUCACCCUGGUUUUCAAACUCAAAUUGAUUUUCACAAAGAUAGCAAUUUAAGUUUACACACACAAGAAAAAUAAUUUUGACAGAUGAUGGGUCAACAGGAAAUUGAUGUGGUCCAAUGUUGUGGUGUAACUGACCUUGUUAUCUUUGAUGUAGCAGCUAUGAUACUUCCUCUAGAUCUGAACACACUGAAGAGGAUUCACUUACCAAAAACCUGUUCCUGAACCCAAACCAAAACCUGUUCAAGUUUAAAGUUAUUUAUGUCUUUUUAUGAACUUUUACGUGAGUUGGCCUUUUAGUAAACUGGUGUCCUUUUAUUUGACCAUUUACUACAUUCUGAUACGGUAUAUUUAUUUUAGCAAGUUCACUUUGAGAAAUGGAACUUUGUAUUAUGUGACGCUGGCCAGGUGUUGUGCUCUAUUAAUGUUAACUAAUUUGUUAAUUUCCAGGAUCUUGCAUUAAUGUCAAUAUUACCCAUGGGAUAAUUAAAAGUAGUACUUUGUAUUUAAUACCUCUGUAUGAAGUGUGAUAUGCAAACACUUAUUACAUAACUGAUUCAUAGAAUUGUGAGGUUUAUUUUUGUAUUGGAUUAAAAUUUUGUUUUAGUGUAACUUUG